AAAUGAAGCUGAGAAAAGAAAGAUGGCUACAGAAAAUAGAAAAUGUGAAGCUAGCCAAGCAGAAGCAAAAAGCCGAAGCAAAGCGGAAAGCAACACCUGUGGUGGGAGACAUGCAGCCUUUGAUGGAAGCCCUCCCUGAGCUCUCUGACCUCACCAUGGGUGGCAGGGGCAGAAAGCCCGCCAAGAGCCAUGUAAAAGCAAAGGCAGAACCAGCAGACUUCUGUCUGAUGAAACAAGCUCAGAAACACCGCCUCCUAGAGGAGGAAGUGACUCGGUUUCACGAGGUCAUCACUGAUCCCACGUACAGAGCCAACCCCCUCAUGGCCAUCACUGAGCAUCUCUCCAGGAGGCUGAGGCAGGAGGAAGAAGGUAAACCCCUCUAGGGUGUCAGCUGGCACAGGGGCUUCAGGCUGUAAAGGAGCACAUCACUGACAUGACCUCUUAGCCACUUCAGUCCUUGGAAACAGUUCAGCAGAUGAUUAAACCCAACAGUCCUGUUCUGUCUGCAUGAAUAAUGCAGUUCUCUCCUGACAGUGGAGGCUGCUCCUUGGCCAGCAGCCUGCAGAGAGCAGGGUGUUCUGCAAGAUCUUUGUGCAGACAUUAAGCUCCCUGUGAAGUGUCUUGACACUUUCUCUCUUUGUGUGAGCCACAGCAGAGUGCCUGUUUUCUGUUUCCCUUCUCUUUCUGACAAUUGCGAAAAGAGGUUCCCUACUGCUCUGUCGAGGUGGUUCAAGACCCCAAACCCUGGAGCCCAGAAGGAUGUUGUAGAUCUGUGUCAGAACAGAUGCCGCUGUUCAGAGGCACUGUUUUAUGUGAGAAAUUUAGCUUUGGAAUAAACACACUUUUGCACAGUU